UGACUUUUUGCUUCCAAUUUAUAAUCUAAAUAUGCAAGGGAAUUUUCUCUAAACCGGAGUAACGCGUUGUUAUUCAUCCUUAUGAACGACUGCUAUGUCUUAUAAAUAUCUCUUACGUGUUAUAAGCAAUUUUGUACAGUGUUCCUGUGUAAUACAUUGUAUUCUUGAGUACAUAGGUGAUGCUGUGGUGUGUGCAGGUCCAUCGAUGGAACCCACGUUGUAUACCAAAGAUGUAUUGAUCACAGAGCGAAUUUCUAUCAGGCUUCAAAAACUUGAAAAAGGUCACAUUGUCGUCUCUAAAUGUCCCUCUAAUCCUAAACAACAUAUAUGCAAGAGAAUCCUAGGAUUACCUGGAGAUAAAGUAAACGAUGGAAUCAUAGUUCCGAAUGGCCAUGUGUGGCUGGAAGGUGAUAACAUUGUUAACUCGACAGAUUCUCGUGUGUACGGACCUGUUCCACAGGGUCUGUUACGAGGACGUGUAAUUUGUAAAAUAUAUCCACUUUGUGACAUUACGUUCUUCGGAUCUGAACACAAACGGUCCAAUUGAUUAAUUUCUGUGUGUAUGUGUAAUUAACCCAAAGGCAGACUUUGUAGA